AUGGGUCAACCUGGUACACCAUUACGUCCUAUUAUUGCUUCAAUUCAUGCAGCAGCUACAUUGGUAUCAAAAUUUUUAAAUGAUUUAUUAGCACCUAUAUAUUUGAAUGUUGCUCGGGAAAUGACAUUUAUUAAUAGCAUUGAUGUAGUUAGCAAAUUAGAAAAGUACGUUUUAGAUGGACACUUUCAAGUUACAACAAAGUUUAUCGUAAUUGAUGUGACUGAUCUGUAUACGAUGAUACCCCGUGAAGGUACACUACAUGCAUUGAUGCGAUUUUUAGAAAACAAUUCAUACCAUGGAAAAAUUGGUACAUUAUCCAUUGAUGCUAUUAUGAGAAUGGCUCGUUUAAUAUUUGAUACGAAUUAUUUUGCUUAUGACAAUAAAUAUUAUAAACAAACUUGUGGUGGUGCUAUGAGUUCAGCAUUUACACAAGUACUGGCUAAUAUCUAUAUGCAUGAAUGGGAGCAAGACUUGAUCCAAUAUCAAGCAGUACACAAAGGAAUAUACGGAAGGUACACAGAUGAUAUAUUCAUGACAACUAACGAGAACAUACAUGCAAUUAAAAUGCAACUCGAAAAAGCUUCUAACAGAGAUACCAAUAUCCAAAUUAACUAUGAAAUUAAUACAUCAGUUAACUUUUUGGAUGUUACAAUAAACAAUGAGAAUGGUCAUUUAAAAACAUGUCUUUAUCGCAAAACAACAGCUGAACCUAAUAUAUUACCAUACACCUCCAGUCAUCCACCACACGUUCAUCGCAAUAUACCUUUUGCUGCUUUAUUACGUGCUGCUCGUAUUUGUUCCGAUGUGCAUGAUUUCAACAGAGAACGUAUUCGUAUCGAUCUCUCACUAUUACUAAACAAUUAUCCACGAAAUUUUAUAAGGAAACAAUUCAAUAGAUUCUUUCAAGUAAAUAAUGCCAUACCUGUUCUGGAUGAAUGGAAUUCUCAAGUUUAUCAUCGACUUCAUGAACAAUUAUUCCAUCAACCUACACGACGUGAAAAGCAACUGCAAGCUGUGGCGCAAGAUCCGAUUCGAUCACCCACAGUAUUCCAACAGAAGACAUGGGAUCCAAACAUAAUGUACCCACGUUAUGUUUUCGACAGUUCCACAUCUACUGAUUUUCAGAAAAGAUUUUACAAAUGGUGGCGACUUUAUUAUGCAAAUGCAGCAUCUCCUUUGACAAACAUUAAAGUUCGAUUGGGAGCUAUGGCGAACCAGACACUUGAAGCAUUCUUAAUACGUAAAAAACCACCAAAAGCAAUUCUGACACGCAUGGAACACGACUACACCUGA